AUGGAUUCAUCAUCACCAUCAUCAUCAUCAUCAUCAUCGGUAAACAUAUAUGAUGUGGAUGACUUAUUGGAUAUUAAUUUAAUUAUGAUUGAUUAUCGAAAUAUGAUGACCGUUAUCUCAGAUUCUAAAAAUACUAGUUACUUUAUUAUCAUAUCAUUCAUUAAUCACAUGUCAUUUCCUAAUUUCUGAUUUUUGAGGUCAUUUAGAGAAACCUGCUAAUAAACUUUUGUCGUAAUAUCUUCAGCCAUAAUGAGUUCAAAGUGUCUUUUAUUAUUUAAGAUGAUAGAAAAACACUAUUACUGGAUGAAAAGUCAUAAAAUACACUUCUAAAAAGUAAUUUGGGUUUUUCUCAAAAUGAGACUUUUUGUUUUUACGUUUUCGUGCGUCCCAGAUUUCUCCGCCAUUUUGAAAGCUAGAAAGCUCGGGUUUGUUUUAAAUCAUAACUAAGAUCUGACGCUACAACUUAACAGAGUCGGAUUUCUCAAUUUUAUGAUUGAUGUCAGACGAAGAGAAAAUGUUUGAGAACUUACACCCUACUAAUUUCAUAUCAUGAUGUAGAAGUUCUUUAAAAACCAAACUAUAGAAAAAUUAAAAAAUCCGACUCUGUUAAGUUGUAGCUCUAAGUCUUGGCUACAUUUUAAAACCAGCUCGGGUUUCCUAACAUUUAAAAUGGCGGAGAAAUCUGGGACGCACGAAGACCUUUGUUUUGAACCUUAAUCUUAAGCUAUCUUUUGAAAGGCUGAAGAUUUCAAGCUGAAAUUUUUACCAUGAGGUGCCCAGUCCAAGAUACAUAUACUCUGGAAAUUUCGUUAAGAUUAGAUGUUCUAAGGCAAAAAUAAAAUUUUGGGUGGGAGCUGGGCUUUAAAUUUACCUUGUUAUUACGAAAGAAAUACUAUUUUCUUUCUUACAAAGAUAAAGAAAAAAAAUGCAUCGUCAACGCUAUCAUAUCGCACAUUCACCAGUCAUUUUUUUUUGCCAGUAUCAAUAAAUAUAGUGAGAGAGAAUGUGUUCAGAACAAAAAAGAAAUUAUUCUCUCGUUUUGAUGACAUGUGGCAAAUGAAAAUAUAUUUCGAUCAGAUAUAAUUUCUUUGACCCACGGAAACCUUCGAUUAAUGAAAAUGAUUGUUUUUUUUUUAUUCAUAUAAUUAUUGCUAA